CGCGCAGCGCACGGUAUGUCGGGCCGGUGACUUCAGCCGGGAGAUAUUUGGAGGCUCCGCGGGGUCCGGUGCGGGGGGCCAGCGUGUGUUUGGGUCUGAAAGCGAAUCAGCGGAGGGCGCGUCACUGCCAAAGGGCCCUAUAAAUCCAUCUGCGGCGCAGAGUCGCCCUGGCAAAGCCCCGGCGUCCGGCUCCGCGCUCCCCUCCGCCCGCGGGUGCGGAGCCCCCCGCGCCUCGCCUCGCCCCCGACCCCGCCCGCGGAGCUCCGGCGGCUCCCGGGGAGCUGGGGCGAGCCCCAGCACCGGCCCGGCCCCCCGCCGCUCCCCGCUUGGAUCUAAGCUCUCGCCGCGACGGGACCCCCGCUCUGCAGGAGGAAGCCUGGCUGCUGCUGCUGCUGCUGCUACCGGCGCUACAAAUCCCAGCGCCGGCCUCUGAUUUUGCCAGCAGGCUGAGGGGGGUGGUGCGAUUUUAAUUUUUUUCCCCUCCCCUCCUCCUCAGCUGCUCUUAUUUUUUAUUUUUCUCGUUGUUUUUUUUUUUUUUUUUUUCUCUUUUUUUUUUUUCUCGUUCCCGCCGUUGCGUGCGUGUCCGAGCGGUGCGCGGCUCCCCGCGGUGCUGGACCAGCUGGCGUUACAGGAGCCCUGAUGUCUUCAUCUGACUCCCCGCAGUUGUUGAUGGAGUGUCUUUCUCAGAUUUCCAGGCAGGGUCCCAAGAGCAGCACCCAGAGCCAGCUCCCGCUGCCAGGCGGCGCUCCCCGCGGCUCGGGCCGCUCCCGCCGCUGCUGAGCGCGGCCCCGGGGCCGCAGCGGGCACAGACCCCGGCACCGGCCGCGGACACAGCACCUGCGGCGGCCGGGGGUGGCCGCCGGGGCUCGCUUGUGCUGGCGGCUCCCCUCCGCCUCCACGCAGACCCGCGACCUCGCCCCCCUUCCCCACGCCUGCCCCCACCGCGCAAAAGAGGGUCCCGGCGGCCGGACCCCGACCUGGCCCCCCAUGCAUCGCCCGUCCGGCCGCUCGGCUCCACGGCGUUGAUGUCCAUCUCGGGUCCGACGAGACCAGCUCGGAGGGGCCCGUGUUGGAAGGAGAUCUAAGAUGAAGUUAUGGGAUGUUGUGGCUGUCUGCGUGGUGCUGCUCAACACGGUCUCCACCUCGCCCCUGCCCACCGCUAAUAUGCCAGAGGAUUAUCCAGAUCAGUUUGAUGAGGUAGUGGACUUUAUCCAAGCCACCAUUAAAAGACUGAGGAGGUCACCAGAUAAACAGACUCCAAUUUUUUCUAGGCGGGAGAGGAACCGGCAAAACGCAGCCAUGAACAUAGAGAAUUCCAGCAAAAAGGGAAGGAGGAAUCCAAAGGGCAAAAAUCGGGGAUGUGUCUUAACAGAAAUACAUUUAAAUGUGACUGAUUUGGAUUUGGGAUAUGAAACCAAAGAAGAGCUUAUCUUCCGGUAUUGCAGUGGAUCUUGUGAUGCAGCUGAGACUACAUAUGACAAAAUUUUAAAAAAUUUAACCAGAAAGAAAAAACUAGUCAAUGACAAAGUGAGGCAAGCUUGUUGCAGACCCACAGCCUUUGAUGACGACCUGUCCUUUUUGGACGAUAACCUGGUUUACCACAUACUGAAAAAACAUUCCGCAAAAAGGUGUGGAUGCGUCUGACACUUGCUCACUGGAGGCGGCUCCAGUUUUGCAUUCCUGCCAUGAUGCAAAGAGAGGGACCAAGGUUCCCAGGGAAGCGUCUGCUCAGAGUGGAGAAAAGAGGACCAAGAACGCAGAGAGAGGGGGCGUGGGAGCCCGGGGAGCACGAGGCCGCCUAAAAGAUGGAGGCUUUUGAAGUCCUACAGGAAAGUAAAUAAAAGCUCGGUUGGAGAUGUCGAUGGCUGGAUGGCAUGCACGCUCCCGUUCCCAUUUGACACAGUCCACCACCAGUGAGACUCGGAUCCAUGAGGAACGUGCUUAAAAACACAACCCUGCAGUACCACACUGUGGUGCGGUCACCCCCACCUGUGCCAGGAAGCUGAGCUGAGGAGCAUCUUAGGGGUACCCUGCUCAUCCCCUGUGCCCUCAGCUCAAUCGAAAGACACGUUGCGCUGUUGCUCGUUGGUUCCUCAGCACUUAGGACCACUUUUAAACUAUAGAAAGAUUAAUCUAAGAUGGUAUCGAGCAAAAGUCAAAAUUUCCAGGCUCAAGUUCUGCAGGGCCAGUAUUGGUACAAAGCAAAACAUUUACACUUACUGGUUAAGUUUGGCUAUUUCUAUCUCAUGUUUCUUCAAAGCAAGUGUAGGAUUUCAUUCUUCUGCUACCUAUGAGAACAAGUUGAGUUUUUAAGCACUUCUUCCUAGUAUAGUAAGAGAUAAAACAAGCCUGGCUUACACAAAACGUGUUUCUUUUGGUUUACAAAGGACUAAUGUUACUUGGGUAACUACAUUUGUAUUUGGUCAUUGUGAGUGAGCAGAGACUACUUGAUGCAAUGCAUCCGUUCAGAGACAUAAAUAUACAGAAGAUAUUUAUUGAGAUUAAGUUAUUGUUAUUUAUUACAGUUUGGUAAUGAGUCUCCUUUCCUUAUUUAUUAAAGUUUCUUUUCAAAGGUGCCAAAGUAGAAGGUGCUUGGAAGAUACAGAGAGACAACUAAGUUGGGAACAACGGUCCAUGCUUUUGAAAGUGUUAACUUGAAUGCAAAAAAUCACUUACUUUACCUUUUUUGCUUUUAAACAAAAAUCUGAUUAUGUUCACAGAAUGUAGUGCCAAAGUCUGCAGCCCUUCCUCCUGCUCACCAACACUUCUGAAAGUGACUGCAGUCAUACCAGUGCAGGAGCAAACACGGCUCUACAUGAGUGAGGGUCGCAGGACUUGGAUCAACAUUAGCCAUUUGUUAGACAAACUAAUUCUAGUCAUAUUUAAAAUGUAGCCACAUUUUUUCUCACACUUUUUGCCAACUGACCUCGUAUAACUAUUGACAAAUGGAAAUUAAUCACAUUUAGCCUUAUAAUUUCUUGUUGUAUUUAUUUAAGCUUUUCCUUCCGUAUUUCCAUAUAGAAAAGGUUAAAUCCCUCUUAUUAGUUAGCCCUGGAUUUAAUAUAGCCUGCAGGUAAACAAUUGCGUUAAAUAACCAAAGAGUUUUAUAUAAUUUACUAAAACAUUACAGGAUCAUACCCACACAGCAGAGCAAUCUGAGUUUCCUUACAGUGAAGGGGAUAGUACAGCAAAGGCAUUUGUACCUGACCGCUCUCUCGUUCUGGAGACUAUUUUCCUUGAAGGAGCAGCAGUACAGGUCACUAGACAUACCUGACAAUCGGUGAAGCAUCAACUCACACAAAACCAAAAAAAAAAAAAAGGAAGAAGAAAAAAAAAAACAGCUGAAAAACUAAAAGGAUGGUCUGACCUUUUAUCUCAUGCAUGCAAUGACUCUCUUCACUCAUUUUGCCUUGGGCCCCUAGGGCACCAGACAAGAAGGCUCUAGUGGUCAAAAAAGUCCAGAACACACCUAGAAAGAUGUGCAUUGUCUGCAAAAUAUAAUUCAUCCCUGACCUCCGCUGCUUUCACCGAAUCAGAGAAUUGUAGGGGUUGGAAGGGACCUCAAGAGAUCAUCAGGUCCAACCCCCCAGCUUUCUUGGGCUGAUGGAGGCAGCACAGAGGCCACCCGCAGGGCCAUGGGGAUACCUCAGCCCCUGUGCUGGGCAGGGCACAGCUGAGAUGCCACCAUUGGCAUCAGUGUGAUUUGGGCACUAUCAGCCCAACCUGCCAGGCCGGGGCUGAGUUGCCCUGCGGGGUGGUUGGCUGGGCGCAGCGCUCAGGGGUGCACAGCCCCUGCUGCUCAGCACUUGCCCCCACAGCAUUGUCUGCGCAGCUCAAAGAGGCUGCCACCAAAGCAAAUCACUAUGUUCAAAAUACAAAAGGGUAAAGUUUGUGAUUUUUUUUUUUUUUUUUAGACCUUAUUAAAAACAGGAGUGUGCUUCUCUGGAGUUUUUUACUUCACCUGCGAUUUAUGUCUCAGUCAUUUGUGUUAAUCAACCAAAGUUCUCUACAGACUUUAUUUUUGUACAAUAUUCAUUUUAUAACUUUUUACAAAAUAAAACUCAUUUCUAUUGUUA